AUGGGUGUCUACAGUUACCUCGAGGAGUUGUGGAGGAAGAAACAAUCUGACGUUAUGCGUACCUUGUUACGUAUAAGAACAUGGGAAUACAGACAAUUAAAGGCUGUGCACCGUGUAUCAAGGCCUACACGUCCAGAUAAGGCUAGAAGACUGGGCUACAAGGCCAAGCAGGGUUUUGUUAUAUAUAGAGUGCGUGUGCGUCGCGGUGAUCGCAAAAAGAAUGUAGCAAACGGCAUCGUAUAUGGAAAGCCAGUACAUCAAGGUAUCCAUAAGCAAAAAUCAAAGAGGAAUUUGAGGAGUGUUGCUGAGGAGCGCGUUGGAAGACGUAUCUGUGGUGGUUUGCGCGUUUUGAACAGCUACUGGGUUGGUCAGGAUGAGACCUACAAGUUUUAUGAAGUCAUCCUUGUUGACCCAGCUCACAAUGCCAUCAGAAAUUGUCCACGCAUCCAGUAUAUUUGCAAUCCAGUUCACAAGCAUCGUGAACUUCGUGGUUUAACCUCCGCCGGUCGCAAGGCUCGCGGUUUGCGUGUCAAGGGUCCCAAGGCCUCUAAGCUGCGCCCAUCUAUUAGUGCCAACUGGAAACGCAGACAGCUCCAACGCUUGUGGCAUAAGCGUUAA